GUGGCAAAAACAAGCAUCCCAAAUGCUCUCAUGUUUGGCGUCCUUGGAGGUGGUUUCUAUGCUGGAAGUGUCUUAGCAAAGGAGAACACUCUGGAGACUCUCUUGGCCGAGGCAGAUGAGUUGUAUGAUGCAAUGAAGUAUGAGGACAUUUAUGAUCUUCUGAGUGCACACAAGGAAGUGAAACAUGAUGAAAUUCUUUGGAGACUGGGAAGGGCCACAUAUGAAAAAGCAAAGGCAGCUAAGACAGAUGAUGAAAAGAAGGUGCUUUACAGAGAAGCCUUGGAUUAUGUAGAAGAGGCUUUGGCUAUCAACAGUGAAAACUUUGCUGUCCACAAGUGGAUGUCCAUUCUCAUUGACUAUGUGUAUGGAUAUGAAGGAACGAAAGCUAGGAUAUCACAGUCGUACAAUGUUAAAAAUCACAUGGAGAAAGCUUGUCAGUUGAACCCUACUGAUGGAACCUCUAGAUAUCUCCUAGGAUAUUGGUACUACAGUAUAGCUAGCAUCCCAUGGUACCAGAGGAAGAUUGCUUCUGUUGUAUUUGCUACUCCUCCCUCUGGAACGUAUGAAGAUGCGCUGGAACAGUUCUUACAUGCAGAGAAACUGGAACCCAACUUUUACAGUAAAAACUUGCUGAUGAUUGGUAAAUGCUACCAGAUACUAGGUAAAAAUGAAGAGGCAAAGCAGUACUUGACUCGUGCCAUGAAUUACCCAGGGAAAACUCUUGAUGAUAAAGAAGCAAUGGAUGAAGCAACUCAGCUUCUAAAGGGAUUGUAAUGUAAUAUAAAUUAUAAUGUAUUUUGAUAUUAAUAGCUUGCCUUGAGUUUAUAUAUUCUAUUUUUUUUGUAAAUGAACACUAGUUUAGCUGAAAUGCAUAUAGUAUUUGAAAUCAUUACCAUGACUGUCAUAUAUAGGCCCUGUAUAAUGGUUUGUCAUAUUAGUUUAUAUGGUGACGAUUACUUUUGCUAAUUUUCAAAAAUCAUCCAUAUGACUGGAGACUGACUGAUAUUGAAAGAUUUAUAUACCACUUAUAUGAUCUCCAAUCUCUCCAGCCUUUUUUGAAUGAAAAAGGCUUUAUUGUCUCAAAAUAACACAAACAUAGUAUGUAGGUUGACACUAAUAAACAAAAUACCAAAUAUGUAUAUUUUUAUUGAUGUGAUACUACAUAACAUUGUUUAUCAGAUAUAAUCCUGAAAAAAUAUAAUUUUAUUAUUUGUGUAUCUUAAGAUUAUGACCGUGUAAAAAUCUGAAAAAAAUAACAAUUAUACAUAUU